AGAGAGAGAGAGAGAGAGAGAGAGAGACUCAUUCACCGCGUCUCUCCCCUCUGAUCGUGAAUACGAGUUUCUAGUUGUUACGUUAAUCUCACCCCACCCUGGAACGCUUAUUUUGUUGCGUCUACAGACUAGACCCCUCGGUCAUCCGUCGACGGACGGAGGUAGUGUGAAUGCGCCCUGGCCUGAAUACGCGCGGACCAUGGACCUCUAAAGACCGUUUGGAAUGCGCCCGGACCGUUUUGAGUACACCAUCCGGGUCCUUUCAGUGCACUGCUUUCCCCCCGAUCGUAAUUGGAACGCCCUAAUCAAACUAAGUAUACUCCUUUAUAGUCAACCCCCACCACACGUUAUCAUCGUCAUUUUGAAUACCCAAAGGCACUUUUAAGAGCCACGUCCAUCUGUCUGCCUUUCUGUCUGGCUGUCUGUCUAUCUAUCUGCCUGUUUGGCUGUCUAACUGUCUGUCUGCCUAUCUGUCUGUCUGUCUGUCUGUCUGUCUGUCUGUCUGGGUCAGUCUGUUUGUGUUGCAAUGGCCAUGAGACAUACCAUUGACCGCCAGCAUCCCAGCUACAAAGAGGGGAAACGUAAAUUGCUUGAAAGUAAACAAGACCACCUAUAGCUGAAGCUGAGAGAGCCGUUGAGGAGAGGAAACGUGCGCGUUCUGGUGGAGGACCUCCAUGUGGCUCCACUAGUGACGGUGCAAGACGAGGCAAGCCGAGGGGGAGGCGUGGAGGGCGACGCGGAGGGCGACGCAAAGCCUCAGCCACAGUCACGUUCCCCCCAGCUGAGUGCUCCCCGUCAUCCCAUGAGGACGUUCCGCUUACUGUACCUUCAGCGCAACUGAAUCCUCAAGAGGCAUUUGAAAAGUUUGUGGAGAGGCUUUCAUCUCUAAAUGCCUCUGGUCCUUCUGCCAAGCCUCAAAGAAGCUCUGCAUCUUCAUGGACUUUUCGGCAGCAGAAAGCCUCAGAGCGCUGGACAGAAGCACGACCAAACCACCUACAAGGCCUCAUUGAAAAGGAGGCUGUUGGUCAUCCCUUGUGUUGCCUCUGCCCCAAGCCGGCUGUUAUUAGGUGCAGAGAGUGUCUCCCUGAAGAGUGGUUCUGUGGGGACUGCGAUGUACUGCAUCACAAAAAACAGCCACUCCACAACAGGGAAUGUCUGAUACGUGGGUUCUUUGAACCCAUUCCUCCAACCACACGCGUCAUGAAAGGGGAGGAUGGAUAUUUCACUCAGGAGCAAGGACGUUAUGACUUGCAUCAGCCACUGUAUGUAUGUCAGACGUGCCAGCAGCAGAGGACCCCUGACAUGAAGCACUUCCUUCAGAGUGGAUAUUGGCCAGCCUCUCUCAAUACUUCCACGUUGUACACGUUGGACCUCUUGAGCUCCUUUCAGGAACUGAAAGUAAUCUCUCCGGGAUUCUCCAGACAGGCCUUCGCAAAGCUCCUGGAGCAUCGCACCAAGUGUGGAGGACGAUCUGGACAUAUCAAAGGUGACACCCUGCAGCGCAGCUUCUUGGAGUUUUCAUAUGCUUCGUUUGAGAAGGACCAACUCUGCUGUGGUGCUGUUCUCACCUGCCCAGCCUGCACACCAGAAAUGUUGGCUGUUUCAGUAGAUGGAAACAGAAAGUUAUAUCGCUUUCGCCGAAAUGGAAGUUCUGGUGACCAUGCCUUUUUUGAAGGUUUAUUUGUGGCUGAAGACAGUGCAGUGUCUGGAUUUGUGGACAUGAUCCAGAAAGCUGUGAAAAAGACACAGGGAAGAGGCACGUGUGGGGACUCCCAAUGGACAGCAGCACGGGAGACAUCAAGAAGGGCAUCCAAAUUGGAUGAAGAGGGCAUGGAGGUUGCUGUGUGUCGCCAUGGUUUCCUUCUUAAAGCCCUUAAUAUGUACAGGGGAGAAAUAUUUGCCUACCCCAUGUACCUUCAAAAGGAGCUGAUGCCAGCCAAGGCACAAUUCUUUGCCAUGGAUGUGGCUUGCAAAUACUGGCCAUACCUGGAGAAAGUUGCCAGUGUCCUUCCUGCUCUCCAGGAGCUGACCACCAUGAAACCUUUCCUCAGCGUCAUGCAUGCUCGAGCUCAUGCUACCAAGUGUGAGAUUAAAUGGAGUGGUAGGAACCAGGAAGGAGCAGGGACAACCGCCGGUGAAGAGGUGGAACAAGUUAACAGCUACCUCUCUCGUUGUGCCCUUACGACAAAAUAUAUGUCGAAAGCAGCCCGGUUGGACAUGCUCACAUUGCAUGCAGUGUUGUGGAACCAGAAGAAAGGGGAUUCCUUACACCAGGCACUUUCCACAAGAUAUGUGAAGGCAAUGCUAGCAGAGCUAAAAACCCAGCUACAUCUCUCAGAUGAAAUGGUGUCACAGUGGAUCUCAGAUGUGAUGGAAUGGGCAGCUGGUGAGACACGAGAUGCAUCUGACAACCUGCAAGGCACCACACACACAGGGCUUCAGCGGUCCAUUGAGGGGCUCUACCUCAGUGUGAGGCAGCGGAAGCUAAAUCUGUACCGUCAGAAUGACAGCAACAAGCUUCGCCACCGGCUUCGGAGGAAGCUGGCAGAAGAGAAAAAGCUCCUUUUUCAGGAGAUACAAAAGCACAACAAGCUUGACUCUGCAGCCAACAUCGAUGCAGCUGUGGUGGAGCACUCCCUGAGUGGAGAGAGCACUGUGUCCCCAAUAUGGCCUUGGGAGGUUCAUGACAGCGGUAUCAAACAUUGGAACCAAGAAACGGCUUCAUGACCAAGUCAUGACAACAAAGCGACUGCAGGAGGAAAAAAACAUUCUGGUGAUGGAGAUGGCACAAGAAAGCACUAAUGUGAUAAAACAUGCAUUCGGGCGUCUUAUAUUAUUUCACACGCAUAGAUAUUAACUUGGCACUAUGGGGGAGGGAACCAAGGAAGGCAGGCUUUCCUAUGAUUGGCCGUUCUGAAGCCCGAUAUUCGAUUGACAGCCCUCCUCAGCCCGAAUUCAGCCAAGGGUUUCUUACUUGAAGGGACCUUCGCCCAGACGUGAUUGUCUUCUGAGUUUCAGCCAUUGACUACAAUACAGAAUGAAUGAGAGGAGGGCUGAGGAAGGCUCUCAAUCAAAUAUCGUGCUUCAGAAACAGCCAAUCACAGGAAAGCACGCCCUGCCUUGAUUCCCUCCCACAUAGUGCCAAAAUUUAAUUUGAGCGAGAGAGCAUAACAUCAUUCGCGAGAGGCUGUUUUGUAUGACCAAAGUUAUUCCCCCCUCUCGCUUGCAACGAGGUAAUGCUCUCGAGGAUCUUUUUUCCUGGCUCGGGGAGCUGCGCUCUGAGUGCGGACGUGCGCACAGAUAAUUUGGGCGCUCGCAGUUAACAUCUACGUGUAUGAAAUAAUAUAAUACGCCCGAAUGCAUGUUUUAUCCCAUUAGUGCUUUAUGGCACUAAUGUGUCGCCGUACUCAACCGCUUAUCCUGGCAACUUCACACCUGACACUGCACCCUUGGGUCUUCUGCAAUACACCCACCAAGUGUAAAAUAAAUCAGAUGAACACUACUAACUGCUUCCUGUCAACUGACAGCAGUCAGCUGACCGUCAUUACAUCGCUGUAGCACGUGAACAUUCAUUGGUGCCAUACUUGACAGCUCUCCACACAGUUACAUAGCAUUGUGGUGAAUGUUCAGACCACUGUUUCAUCUCUCCCCUUCCAGCGUCACAGAAUAUCAAUCUUGGUGAUGGAGGCACUAGCAUUUUGGUGUGUUAUUUAGUUAAUGUGUGUAAAAGAUGACUUCCUCAAAUGUCUUGUUUUGUUCGGAAUUCAAAGAUAUUCAGUUGACAGAAUAUAUAGAAGUAUUAAGAAACCAGAAAAUAUUACAUUCGAGAAUCUGGAAUCUGAUCAUUUUGAAUUUUUUUAUUUUUCAAAAAAUGAAAAAGUGAUUAAUCGUUCAUCCAAACAGUUGGUUAUUAAUUAAAAUCAAAUAGUUGUAUGUCAUGUAAAAUGUAAAUCAAGGAGAACGACCAUUUUGAUUGAUAGGGUGGCGUGACUAAGUAUGUAUACAUAUAAUAUGUAUGUAAUAUGCAUUAGACUGUAUGUAACAAAGAGACAGUUGUAUAGUUAAUAUAGGUACGUACAGUAUAACUGGAUUACAUGUUCUGUUGUCAGUGCUUAUGUAAAGCUUACCCUACAGUCCAUUUUUAAGAAAUACAGCCCAAAUUGUUUGUGUGUUGGACAGAUCCAUUUGGUGCAUUUUCUCCAGUAUUGUUGCAAAAGAUGAAUACAUUAUUGCCAAAAAUGACCAUUUUUUGUUUUACUUUUCCCUCAUGUUUAGAAACAUCAUGUGACAGUUUUGUGUUUUAUAAAAAAAGAUAGCCUAUCAAGAGAAAAUAUGGGAAACAAACAUAAAUAAUGCAUAAUUAAUUAUAUUUUGAAUUGAGUUAAAUUUAACAUCACAUACAUUAUUAUUUAUGUGGAUUACAUCAAUUAACUGAUCUCCUUGUGAUAUAUUUCACCCAAAUCAUCUAUAUGCAGUAUAAUGUAGCCUAUGUUUUACUUGUAGAUUUUUGAUUCAGUAAAGAUUCAUUUUCCUAAACUUA